AGGUGGUAGCACACUGAUAGCUCUUUCCAAAGGUGCCUUGAUUUUUUAGUCUUUUCGGUAUUUUUUUUUUAACUAUUUUUUUAUAUAAAAAAUAUUUUGUUAUGUUCAGUCUUUUAGUGUGUUUUUAGGUGUAUUUAUUUUACUUUAUUUAGUAAAAAAAUGUUAUUUUGGCGUAGUCACUACAAAAAAUCAUAUAUGAAAAAAUCGCCCUGUCAUCUGUCAAAAACCUAACCUUGAAUUUUUCAAAACUUAAAACGUUAUAUUCUCGAUCAAAACCUGAUGUGUGGGCAAAAACGCCCCAAAAAUCGCAUUAUUUCCCUCACAACCCCCCAAUUAUGGACGAAUUAAGCAAUAAAUUGAAUUCAAGAAACCCAAUUGUGGCCAUUCAAAUUGCCUCAAAACUGGCAAAAAUUGUGAAAAACCGCCAAAGUGACGAUAUUUUAGACGUACCGGAGUUCAAAUUCUUGAAAGAAAACUGUCUCAAUGGGAAUAUUUUAGCAGCUAAGGCGAUUUUACAAAUCGUGGAAGGGGCCCCCAACUUGGCCAAAUCACUCAUAACCGACUUUAUCACCCUGAUAACAACAACAAGGUUUUCCCCAAAUGUGGCGUUUUUAAUCAAUCAUUUACUAAUGGGGGGCAACGAACACAAAUCGUAUAAUAUGCAGGUGCCCCAACACCCCUUCUUGGUAAUGCUGAAAGAGGACCCAAACUCGUGGAGGGCGAUUUUUCGCGAACUUAGUUUCAGUUACAGAGAAAAUCCCAAAACAAUUUCACAUUACAAUGAGUUACACAAAGCGGUGUUUUUGUUCGUUUUGUGUGACCCAAACGGUGGAAAUUUCCCAACUUUCAAGCAAAAACUAUGGAAUUUUGUAAUUAAAAAUAACACCGAAUUAAUUAAUUGCUUAUUAUCGUGGAUGCAAUUCGAAAACAAGGACACCAUCGAGAUAAAUUCCGAGUUUUUGGGGGAAUUACUUCCUGAUGUUUUCCCACAAGAUUUGCUAAUUUUGUGGCAAAUUUCCUCACUUUCCCAAUUAAUUAAACAUAAUUACGACCCACGAGAAAUAAUUUACAAUAUUUCUGAAACGCUAGACAAAGUCACUAAUUUAAUUAUUUUAAAUCCAAUUUUAUUAAUUCUGUCAAAGUCAAUUAAUUUGUGCUCGGGUGUGUUUCUAUUGCCACUAUUGCAAUUAAUUAAAUUAAUUAUUGUCAAAUCGCAGUGUGAUUUAAUUACGUCAAAUGUAAUUAAAUCGGUGUUGUUACAAUGGAUGUCAAGUCCAUCUGAUUUAAUUUCAGAUAAUUUAAAAUUAAUUAAUGAAAUUUUUGCGUUACUUGAAACCGAUGAAAAAAAUCUGACACGACUUCGGGGAUUCACAAAACUGUAUAAAAAUCACCAAAAUUUAAUAAUUACCAAUAGUGAUGUUUAUUUUUCGUUGCAAACUUACAUUAUUUUGGAGCAAUGUCGGAAUCUGCAAGAUUUGGUUGUGUUCUUGGAUAAGUUGGGUAAAACCCCUGAUUUUUUUCUUUUAAAAUUCUACAAUUUUCUACUCGGUUUAUUCUUGACCGAAUUUGAGACCCCCUUAAUCGCCUCAAAAGUCUUCGAUUUGCUCCUCAAAUGCACUUUCCUCAAAUCCUCAAAUCUCCUCACUGUCAUUCUUUACAAAUUGACAAAAACGACCGAUUCACACCUCCAUCUCAAACUCCUCAAAGCGCUCCCGAAAUUGGCGACGAAAGACAACCUCCAAGUGAUAAUCGCCACAAUUCAAGCCCUAAAUCGGGGCCCCAAUCACCUCAAAACUUUCAGUACGAGUCUCAUGUUCGAAUUGUGGACCAGCGAUAAUAAGAUUUAUCCGUAUUUGGAGCAACUCCUAGUGGCCCCCUGGCAGCCCCCUUGUCACAAAAGUGAGUUUUAUGUGACACGGGCCCACAUUUUGAGGGAAUUGUGUGCACGCAAACCCGAAUUGUAUGGUAAAGACAUGGUGGCUCAUUUAUCGCGCCUCUUGAACGAGUGUCAUGCCCCCGAGGGGGCUGUCGCGGCGGGGGUGGCCAUCGAGGGGAUUAGAGAAUUGUGCAAGUCGGAGAUUAUCGAUGCGGUGACCACGUGGGGGACCCUAGAGCCGAUUUUUAGACACGAAACGAGAAUUCCUGUGAUAAAAAGUCUGUGUGGGCUCCUAGGGGAAGUCCCGAGUCUGUCGUAUUCCGACGAAAAUCCCGAAUUUUGUGACGAAGUUGUGCGAAAAUUAUGGCAGUUUUUAGUCGGGGAUCACGAGGAUGCGGUUUGGAAGGGGGCUUUGGAGGCUUUGAGUCACUUCACAGUCGAGCAAAUCGUGGGGGAAAUCCCUGAAGACUUCCUCGACGAGGAAUUGAGCGUUUUGCGCAAGUCUGGGGGCGCAAUUCCCGGGACUUGUUGGGUGGUUUUUUUGAAGAGUUGUCCCCGCGCCAAGCUUCACAUUGUCGGUGAUUUUUUAAUCAAAUUGGUCUCGAUUGAGAUUUCGCAAUAUUUGAAGUUUGUUUAUCAAGUGAAAGGGGCGCGGGAGCCCGUCGAUUACUCCUAUUUGCCGGUAAAUAGUGUCGUGAGGGGGCUUUCGAGCUAUGUUAAGGCGAAGGUGCUCAAAUGGAAGACAGAUAUUUACAAAGAGGUUUAUUUGGAAUGUUUGAGGGUUUUGAGUGAGGAGUAUAGUAAGCCUUUGCCCCCGUUAGACUGGUGUUUCCUCCAAGAGUUAUUCCACGAGAAGGAAACCAAGUAUUUUUGUAUUAGUAUAGCCGCACACCAGGUGGUGCUUUCGGGCACGGCGAGACGGUUUAUCGUCAAUUAUAUCGAAGCAAUGGAUUUGACAAAGGAAAACGACGUUUUGCACAUUUACACCCACUUGCAACACCUCGCAAACAGCGUCCAACCCUUCACUUUGCGUCCAUUCCUCGAGAAAACCAUCACAACAAGUGUUGAUUUAUUCGAAAAGGGAAACGAAAAACAAUUAAACGAAAUACUAAUCCACUUAAAAAACACUUUACGUAAUAGAGAGAUACAAGAGGCUAAUAAAAUCGUAAUUGCACAAAUAAUAAGCGACAUUUUCGCCGAAACUCCAAUCACAUCAAAGUUAUUUCAAGUUUUGCUCGACUGUGUUGUCCAUUUCCCCAUGAAAUGCAUCAACGAUUUAUCCUCACCGAAAAUGGUCAAAGAAAUACGAAGUGAAUGGUUCAAAAAAGCGAUAAAAAUUCGCACUUCUUUGGCUUUAAUCACUCAGGAAGCCCCUUUAAACCUCCUCAACGAUUUAAUCGAACAUGGUCAUAAAUUCCCUGACAGAAAUUUCAUGUUUGCAAGCCUGACUCAAGUGUUUCAAAAACACCAAAACAACACCGAAUGUGUCCUAUGGCUGUUGGAACUCCUCGGUCAAAUCCAAGCAACUCCCGGGGAAACCCACUUCUUAAGCGAUGUUUUUCUCCUCGCUACGCUCGUUUUCUCCGGCCAUUUUGCCCUUGAUGACGGUGAGAAAAUGUACGAAACGUUCCCUCGGGCCAUUGCGACGCUUUUGGACGUCAAUCAUUGGAGUAUUUGUGUGCCACAGGCCCUUGAGUGGUUUUCCCACAUGUCUACGUCACAAAUUCCAAACCGGGACGUUUUUUUGUCCAGUUUGAAGUGUCUGAGACACGAAUUGGAGUUUUGCAAAAACAUGAAAUGGGUAAAAUACCUAAAUCUCGAAUGUGAGUCAGACUGAAGUCUCGUUAUCGGCAAGAGAGACAGUUAGGGAUGUGGGGCGUGAGUCCGAGACAGCCAAAACCUCGUCUUCGUGGGGGCACGGGUGUAAUCUUGUCGGGUCCAAUAAAUUCUUGUUUUUCUCU